CAUCGCUUUGCAAGAUUCAUGUCAGCUUUAGCCAAUUUCUUAAUCUAAACUGUACAAUUUAUCUGACGCGGAGGGUCUGACAUGCAUGCUACGUAAAUCCCAUCAGAGGAAUACGCUAUGUUGAAUUCAUCUCAUAUGCAGAAACAUGUCGUGGAUGUUACCCUUUUACCUGACAGUAUUGUCAGCAUCCAAGUCACCGACACAGUGAAAGCCAAACUUACCAAGAACUUGGACCACAAACGCCACCCUGUGAUUUGUUGCUUGACUUGCAGUGGUACCCUAAUCUUGACAGAUGCUUCAGGGAGUGGAACAUCAACUCCCAUCUCAGGGGGUACCUUUUCAGACUUUGCAUGGGAGGAAACGUCGGCACUAGGCGAAUCUAAUGUCUACCGACUCCUGACAGUUGGGUCAAAUCUUGAUCUCCGAGUGUACGUAAUUGACCCAGAAAACCUCCAGUGCAUCUCGGAGGACUUUGCCCCACCAUGGUCAUCAAACAUGCUCAAGGAGACGGUCGAAUGCAAGAUUCCGACUUUGACAGAUCUUGCCUCUGUGAGGCUGCUGUCGUUUGCCGACAGCCGAUGCAUCCUACUGCUGAACAGCUGUGUGCUGGUGCAGCUGUUGUGGGAUGAAGAUGCGGAUGCGCCCGAGAUGAUCUCCUGUUGCACCAUCACACUACCUCCUGACGCUUCCCAGACAUGCACCGACUACCAGAUAUGUCAGGGGAUACUGUUUGUGCUGACUGACUGUGGAGUCACAUAUAUGUUUGACAUUGCAGAGGGGAGGCAUCUAGCUACGGUGGACUUUGCAUUACCCUGUAAAGAUCCUCUCCCGCCAUCGUCUUUCAGUCUGCUGCAGAUAUCACAAGACCUCAGCACAGCGGUUACAGUAACCAGCCUUCAGCUGGUCAUCGCAGUUGACUUACAUGAAUAUUUCAGGAGACACCCAGAUCACCUGCUUUGCCAGAAGGCUGUCAGCCGUCUUCCCCUGAAGCCUGAGGAAACCAGUGAUCAGGAAGAUGUCCUGAGCUCCUUCCACAGCCACUCAGCACUGGACUACACCUUCCACAGCGACUGCUCUUGGGAGUCCCAGUUGACAUUACUGAACAGCAGAGCCAAGACGCCCCCUUCCCUGCUCCAGCAGCAGCAGACGCCACUGUUGCCAUGGUACAGGGACUUCCCUCCGACGGAGCUCCGACGCACCCCCGUGGACGCAAAGGUCUCCAGGGAGAGUGAGAGGCUGGGGUGUGAGUUUGUGAUUGAGGCCACUACGCAGGCUAAGCCAGUCCUGCUUUCGCUCUCCAAGUUCUCUGCAGUCUUGACUCUCACCUGUCCGGACAGUAGAAGCUGCCAGGUGAUCUUUAUGGACCUGGAGACCCAGAGUAUUACCUAUUACCACACAGACACACCGUGCUUGCCUGUCCAACUCUCAUUUGGAGAACAGCAUUGUCUGCUUCUCAAAGACGCAGGCCUGUCUCUGGUGCUCUUUGACUUGUCCCAGGAGGAGCUGCUGAACAGGCUGAUGGUGUUUGGCAGUGCGGGCACUGUCGACUCCCUCUGCCACCUCAACGCCUGGGGCAGAUGCUCCAUCCCUGUCCACGCUUUGCAAGCAGGGCUGAAGAACCACCAGUUAGACACAGUGGACUUCUUUUUGAAGAGCAAAGAGAAUAUAUUUUGCCCUCAUAGUGGAUACGGUCUGUUGGAACCGGCACCUGCAGUGUCCACACAAUCACAAUUACAGAAUGUGGAGGAGCUGUGUCCAGCCCUGGAUCUUCUGUGUUCGGCAAUUAGAGAAACGUACUCGGAGGCCCCGAGCAAACAGUUUUCAGAACAGCUCCUCAGUAUCACCUACCAGUUCCUCAGCAACCACGUUCAGAACAUUCUAUCUGGCUCAGAGGAUCUGGAUGAAAAUCUUCAGAAUUGUGUGAAAUUAUUCAACGGAUACGUCUCUGAUUUACGUAACUACAUGAGGACGUUUCCUUCGGAUUCAAAGGACGACAGCCUAGUGACACCACAGCAUCCUCAGAAGGAUGUACUGGAGGACAUGCAGCAUUUGCCAAUAGAGGAGCUGGUGAAGCGCGCGGUUCCUGCCUGCCAAAUCCCACUAGCCCAGGCGUGUCUGAGGCAGCAGGUGAGCCCUGAGCGCUGUCUGCAGGAGCUGAAGAUGACGGGGCUGCUGCAGGUCUACCACUGCCUCCAGACCCAGGACCUCACUCAGGCCUCCGCUCUGCUCAGGAACAUGGGCUACUGUGUAAAGGAGCAGCUUUACAAUAUAUGCCUUCACACGGAGGACAAGGCCCUCAGGCAGUUUGUGGUUGAGAAGCUGAAGGGACAGGGGUAUUUGUCUGAAGAGGAGCUGCUGAAGGUAGAUCUGCUCACCAAGAUCGAGGAGCCCACAGCACUCGUCCACCAGCCUCUGGACAACAGGAGGUUUUUGGAACUGGGGAAUGUGGACCUUAAAUGUAAAAGUCUGACGCUGCAGUUUGUAUCGGAGCCCUCUGACCGUCCAUCACCAUCAUCGUCGUCGUCCAACCUCUGCAGUCUGAUGCGUCUGGAUUGGGUCAGAAACUGGGGGAGCUACACCCAGACGUCUGUUCUCUUGUCACAAGACAAACUCCCCAAGAGCUCCUGUGAAUCUGAAAUAUUGUGGAGGUAUCUCACAUCCCACCAUGAGCAGCAGAGAGUGAUGGAGUGGAUGGAGAGCGUCAUUAGCAACACGAUCGCCCAGACUAGCUCAUCAUGGCCGACCCUGACGGCAGACAUCGUCAGCAGCGACACACGGAGUAAUGCCUUUCUCAGGAAGCACAUCUUGGACCUGCUGGCCAGGCAAGGGGAGUUUGUUCAGGAGGAGAUGGAGAGCUUUGAGCAGCUGCUGUGGAGACUGGGCCAGACUGGCAGGGCGAUGCAGGUGUCCCAGAUGCCCUCCUUCUCCCCCUCUCAGAAGCAGCACUUCCUCACCUCUCUCAUCACCCACUGCCUAGAGGUGGGCCUGGGCUACCUCCUCUACACCCACGUCGACUCUAACAGAUAUGAUGAAGACGUCGAAGGACAGGAUUCAUCUGACAGCCAUCCAUGCUUUGAAAUGCUGGUGAAGAUACAAGAAAUAUCAAAAGACCUAAAAGAUCCAGGGCGGGUGUUCGAGGGCAGCCUGACCAGUGCGCGAGUGCUGAUCGCGGGCAGCCAGGGCAGCGUGAGCAGCAUGCUCCUGGAGGGACACAGCCUGCUGGCUCUCUCCUCCAUCAUGUUCGCACCCGGCGGCAUCGACCAGAUUUCCCAGCACAUCCCGCAGGCGAGCGAGUGCCAGUGGAGGGCUGACCCCCAGCUGCUGAAGAUGGCGCUGGGCACGCACCCCAAGCUCAAGUACGCCCUCUUCCCCCCCAGCGGCCCGCUUGGCAUCGGACCCUCAGACGUCUCCGUCUACCACCUCCUGCAGUCUUUGCAGCCACUGGACGCAUCCAGGCUGUUCUGGUGGCAGUCAGCCAAUACACUGGGCACUACAGAUAUGACUCCGGAUCUCCCCCAUUUCUCCACGCCCUAUCUUGUAAACAAAUAUGCUCUUCUGGAGAACCUGGACUUCCUGCAUCACCUGAGGCAUGGAAGACCCUCGUUCGCCUACGGGACGUUUCUAGUCCAGCACCUUGCAAAUGUCAAUGAUGAGAAACCAAUACUGAGCCAUGCUGCAGAGCUGGCUUACGCUCUGGGCGUGCAACACUUCGACGUGCCCCACGUGGCGGCGGCGUGCGUGUGCUUCUGCGAGCUGCUGGGCGUGUGCAGUCUGAAGCUGAGGGUGGACAUCCGGAGCCUGCAGCUCAUCUACAGGCUGCUCAGCAAGGACCUGGAGGGAGGAGGCCUGAGGACCCUCAAGGAGAACCUGGCUGGGAAGUGUAACCAGCUGCUGGACUCUGAGUGGAGAGGCCUGAGGGGCUGGGAGCUACUGAGUGACUUGGAGAAAGCUGUCAACAGCAAUGUCGGCAACAGGUGCCCCAACAGGUCGUGUUAUGAGGCUCUGCAGGAGUGGUGUGUGGCUGUGCAGUUCUCCCAGCAGCAUGGCCUGCCCCUCACCUCUGUGUACCCGCGGGACUGCGCCGCAGAUGGGGAGUGGCUUCACCUGCUGCUGUUUGUCCAGCAGCACAGCUACCCGCCUCAGCAGGUGAGGGCGCUGGUGACUAGCUUCAGCCCGGCCCUGCAGAGCCACCUCUCUCUGGCCUUCCAGGACCUGCAGGCCCCUCUCCCUCCCCGUCUCCAGGCAGCCUCUGACGGCCUGUUGGAGCCCGUGGGUGGGCCCCUGGAGAGUUGCAGCGGUGGUGGGGAGGAGGAGUACCCUGAGCCCCCCAAAGAGCUGUUCCAGGUGCUGCUGCAGGGCACAGGCCAAACCAGCCCCUGGAGGCAUCAGCUGGAGGAGGCCAUCUCUCGCCACUGCCCCCCACUGGCCGUGUUUGCGUCUUGCGAAAAGGAGUCAGUUCUUCUGCAGUUUCUCUCCGUAUGGCUCCUCACAUCCGUCGACGUGUCGAUCUCCCAGGAGUGCACAGCCCACAUCAACGAGAGCCUGAGUCAACACCACUGGAACCUUCAUGACCUGUCAAUCAUCUGGAAAGUCCUCUUAAAGAACGGGUGCAUCAGGACACUCAUACACGGGUUUCAGCUCUUCCUCAAGAAAUCUCCACUGCUCCACAUGCUCAACAUGUACCAACUCUGCUGCGAGGCCAAGAAGUAUACUGGAGCCAGAAAAAGUCUUUCAGACUUUCAGAAGUGCCUGAUUGGCUUGCGGGAGGGUGCGGCGGACCAGUGCCCAGCGGAGGUGCCUCUGCAGUGGGUGCAGAGCCAGGCGUCGGCCCUGCUGCUCACCAUGAUCCAGCAGAGUGCCACCCAGUACGAGCUGAGGAAGCUGCUGAAGCUGCUCUCCGACAUGGGCCAAGUGGUCAAGGUCAACGGUCCCGAUGUGAAGAUGCUGAGCCAGCUGAGCCAGAUUCUGCAGGGCACUCCCGUGUGCCUCUCUCCCCUGCUGCUGGAGCGCAAUUCUCCUGACGUCCUGCAGGGGGAGUGCCAGAGGAUGUUGCAGGAGCUGCAGGCUCUGGGGUACUUCAGCCAAGCCAGACAGGUGGCCGACUUGGCACAUCUGUCCAUUGACACCCUGGUCAUCACAGAGCUUCAGCAGCACAUGCAGACUCUGAAGAACAUACACAAGUGGGAGAGGAAAGACGUGCGGCUGGCGUUCCUGAGGAGGUGUCACGAUCAGUUUAUCAGUAACAAAACCAACAUUGAGGCUGCCUCAGGAUUCUUCCUGUCUCUGGCUGAUCAGGCCCAGUCGCAAUCCGAUUGGUCCUUGACGAUGGAACAGUUGAACAAGCAGGAAUCCGAUUGGCCUGUGGAGGUGGAAGUGCUGAGCCAGCAGGAGUGUUGUGUGCUCUUCUCCCUGGCCGGCUUCUGGCUUUCUCAGCAAGAACUUCCCCCCGUGGAACAGCUGGAGGACAUUGAGAUGAAGCUCUGGAGGUGUCAGGUACACUGGCAAAUUCUCAUCACCCACUGUGGAAAAGACCCAAGUCCAUUUACAUUCAUCACCCCACCACUGGCAGGGAAUAGCGACUCUUUGAAGGAGAUGAUGAAGGAGUUUUCCUUCUCAAAAGUGCCAGUGCUUUGUGACUCAAAGUACCUGAGCUUAGAUGGUUUGCCCUCACCCUCCGCCAACGAGGACCCACCUGUUGUUGGACCUCAGGAUGUUAAAGAGCAGAGGGCGUUGUCCACAUUGCUGGGGCACCUUCUGGAUGACGGCCACAUCCACGAAGCCAGCCGUGUCUGCCGGUACUUCAGUUACUACCACCGUGAUGUUUGGUUGGUUCUUCAGUGCCGUGGGCUGGCCUCCGGCGAAUGCCAGGGCAGCGGCUUACAGGACCUGCUGAACACAGAGACCAAGAAGAGCCUCCAGAGCUAUUCCAGCUUGGGAAACCUGUCCUCCUUCGUGGUGGUGCCCUCUGCAGAGGACCAGGUGGUCUCCCAGCUACAGGUGCUGGUGGACGAGUGUCGCCAUGGGAAGAACUACUGCAAACAGGUCCUCAGCCUGUAUGAACUAGCCAAGGAGCUGAAGUGUUCGUACAGUGAGAUAUCCGGGGCUGACACAGAGGCGGUGCUUCAGAAGAUCCUGUCCUCUCAGCAGCCGGACCGCUACAAGACGGCGCAGGUCUUCAUCAACGUCCAGGGCCUGCAGCCAGACACCGUGGCUCAGCUCGUCUCCUCGUUUGUGGUGCAGGAGAUCCGGACACCUGGGCAAGACGGAGAAUUCACAGACAAGCACAUGUAUGAUCUGACUGAGGGCAGGGAGGCGUUCAGGCAGCUGGCCAAGCUGUGUGGAGACCCCAACCUGAUGGGCAGUAAGCUGCUGGACCACAUCUCAACCCUGCCUCUGUCAGAGCUCAGCUGUGUGGUGGAGCUGCUGAUCCUCGCCCAUGACUGCUUCAGUCUGAGCUGCAAUAUGGAGGGCAUCGUGCAGGUGCUGCAGGCGGCCAGGCACAUCAGCCACGCACACCUGGCACACAGUGACUGCCACAGCCUGCUGGUUCGACUUCUGACCGGCAUCGGGAGGUAUAAUGAGAUGACGUACAUAUUUGACCUGUUAAACCAAAACCACUGCUUUGAGAUGUUACUGAGGAAAAAGGUGGACACGGUACGAGAAGCGAACACGGGGCUGAAGAUGGCUCUCCUGGACUAUCUGAAGCGCUGCCUGCCGUGCGACAGCGAGAAGCACAACAUGGUGGCACUGUGCUUCCGCAUGUCCCGCGAGAUCGGAGAGAACCACGAGGGGGCGGCGCGCGCUCAGCUUAAACUCAUCGAGGCUCAGCCCUGGGUUGUCACAGCUGAACUGAAGAGUGCCCUGAUGAAGGUCCAGACUCUCUUCAAAGAUGCUGCAGAGAGCCUCUUCAAGGACUCGUGUGUGCGCCAGGCGGUACGCUGUGUGAGGAUGGCCAAACUGGUGACCCUGCAGCUGCACCUGCUCGGUCAGGGCCACAGCCAGCGCCUCGUUAACCUGCAGCCAGCAGAGCUGCACAACACCAUCCUGGAGCUACCCCACUGCUACCAGGUGUUUGUCAUCACCGAUGCGUAUGACUUCAGCCCGGACUGGGCCGAGGUGCUGUACCAGAAGGUCAUCCUCAAAGGAGACUUCUUCUUCCUCGAGGAGUUCAAGCUGCACCGGCCACUGCCAGCCAGCCUGUUUGAGGAAAUCUCUAAAAAGUUGACUCAGAACAAGCUGUCUAAUGCCAGUCAAAACCUGAAGAAGCUUCUCCACCACUGUGAAGACAUCUACACGCGCUACAAGCUGGCGUACGAUCACAAGUUUUUCGACGUGGCCAACACGCUUCUACAGGACUCAAAAACCAGCAGCUAUCUUAACGAUAGACUAAUCAGCUAAUCAUGUCUGCCAGAGCAUACUCACAGAUUUCCAUUUCUUUUUUGUAAUAAUGUCAUUUACACAACAAUUUACAGUAUGUAAUAGUUUGAAGGAAUGAUGCUUGUUUUACGCUACGUGUAGGUAAGUGAGCAGUCAUUGCACCAUGUGCUCUACAUGAAAAUUAAUGUGCCUUCCUAAUUAUACUGUAAGUAUGCAAGUAGAGGUGAUUUAUUGUAAUAAACAAUUAUGUUUACGAAAAC